UGCCAGCUGCAUUUUGCCAAGGAGGAGUCGGCGCUGAUGUGCAAGAAGCUAACCAAGCUGGCCAAGGAGAAUGACGGCAUGAAGGAGGAGCUGCUGAAGUACCGGUCCCUCUACGGGGACCUCGACAGCUCCCUCUCGGUGGAGGAGCUGGCCGACUCCCCCCAUUCCCGGGAGGCCGAGCUGAAGGUCCACCUGAAGCUGGUGGAGGAGGAAGCCAACAUCCUCAGCCGGAGGAUAGUGGAGCUGGAGGUGGAAAACCGCGGGCUGCGGGCGGAGAUGGACGACAUGAAGGGCCAGGGGGACAGAGAGCUGCCGGGGCAGGACAUGCGGUUCCUGGCGGGUGUCUCAGGCUGCGGGGACGCGGGGGACACGGUGGCAGAGCUGCGCCGGCACCUGCAGUUUGUGGAGGAGGAGGCCGAGCUGCUGAGACGCUCGCUGCUGGAGCUGGAGGACCAGAACAAGCUCCUCCUGAACGAGCUGAGCAAAUACAAGUCGGACCACGAGCUGGACGUGACACUGUCGGAGGACAGCUGCUCAGUGGUCAGCGAGCCCUCGCAGGAGGAGUUGGCCACGGCCAAGGUGCAGAUCAGCGAGCUGAGCGGCAAGGUAAAGAAGCUGCAGUACGAGAACCGCGUGCUGCUCUCCAACCUCCAGCGCUGCGACCUGGCCUCCUGCCAGACCACCCGCCCUAUGCUGGAGACUGACGCUGAGGCCGGCGGCUCGGCGCAGUGCAGCCCCACCGCUGGCUGGAGGGAUGGGAUGGGCGGCAGUGAAGCUGACGGGCCAGACAGGGUGCCCAGUGGUGGGAAGGUGCCCGAUGGUCCCACCAAGAUGCUCAAGCCCAAGGACCUGGAGACCUUGCUAGGCAUCCGGGACCAGGCGGCGCUGGUCAGCAAAGCGAUCGACAUCUUGAUUUCGGAUGCCAACGGUUUCACGUCCGGGCUGAAGGCGUGCUUGGACAACGAGUGCACGGGGGGGCUGCUGGGCGAGGCGGUGGGUAGCAGUGGCGAGAGCCCCAGCGAUGCCAAGCUGAUGAACGUGCUGCUCAUGCGGCUGGGCGUGCUGCAGCAGGACCUGGGCUGCCUUGUGAGGCAGCCUGAUUUUAGGGACGCCGACCUUUACCGUAUCCCCCAUGCCAAGGACACAGACCCCGCGCAUCCCCGGAGCUACAAACCCUGCCGGUCCGAGGAGAAUGACUCCUACGCCACCGAGAUGAAGGAGCUGCAGCUGGUGCUGUCGGAGGCCAACGAGAGCUUGCGGGGACUGCAGGAGCAGCUCUCGCAGGAGAGGCAGCUGAGGAAGGACGAGGUGGACAACUUCUCGCAGAAGAUCUGCCAGCUGAAGGAGGAUCACCAGAAGGCGCUGCUGCGGCGGGAGUUCGAGCUGCAGAGCCUGAACCUGCAGAGGAGGCUGGAGCAGAAGUUUUGGAGCCAGGAGAAGAACCUGCUGGUGCAGGAGUCGCAGCAGUUCCGGCAGAGCUUCCUCCUGCUCUUCAUGAAGCUCAAGUGGUUCCUCAAGCGCUGGCGCCAGGGCAAGAUGGUGCACAGCGAGAGCGAGGACUUCUUGGAGGUGAACAGCAUGAAGGAGCUGUACCUGCUGCUGGAGGAGGAGGAGCUGGCCCCACAGCAGCAGACGGACAACAAGACCUGCGCCGGGGACACCUGGACCCCCAACACG